GUGAAGGCACGAAUAGUGGCUACUUUGACUGUGACCUGCUUGUUGACAUCAGCUCCAACAAUACACAUGCAGGGUUCUAGAUCUAAAAAUGGGCCAUCGUUAGAGCAGCCAAUUCCAUCGAUCACCACUGCAGGACGGAAUCCCACCCUGAGAUGUAUUAUGUCAGGUAGCAAGAUUGCUAACCACGUGAUGUCAUGGUAUCGUCAGAAAACAGGGAGAGAGAUCCAGUUCUUGGUGAGUUAUAGAAACCGUCCAACGUAUGGAAAAAAUAUUCCAGAAAGAUUUAUUCCUGAAGUGGAUGAGUCAACUAAUACCUUCAGGCUGACCAUUGGGAACGCAGACAAAAGCGAUGAAGGGGUCUACUACUGUGUGGUGUGGUUUUCUAAUCAUUACAUCUUUGGUGAAGGCACAGAGAUCAGGGUGCAAGACACAGAUGACAUACAAAGACCAAAUGUUACUCUUUUUGGACCAUCGCAAGAUGAAAUCCACAUCCACAAUUCAGCUACUUUCCUUUGUCACGCUGUACAUUUCUUCCCUGAGCCUUUACGUAUUAAGUGGCUACUGAACAAAAAAUACACACUUCAAGGCUCAGUUACUUUUGCAACUGUUCAAAAUAGAAACAAAUCAUUUACAAAGACCUCUGGAAUUACAAUACCAGCCGCUCAGUGGGUUCAGGGAGUGGAGGUCACAUGUCUGAUAGAACAUGAGACUGGUAUGAAAAGUCUCACGGCAAACUCAUCUUCUACAAAAACCUCAGUACCUAUUGUAGAAGGCAAGUAACAAAAGGAAC